AUGGCUAAAAGGAAGAAAAGGAAACUUUUUGUAAUGUUUGUGGACUUUACUCAGGCUUACGAUCUGGUACCUAGAAGUAUGUUAUUUGCAGUUCUGAAACGUUUGGGUUGUGGUAGUGUUAUGCUGGCGGCACUUGUUGCUAUGUACGCGGUAACGAACAGUGUCAUCGGUUCAGUGAUAGUAGCAGCCACGGUCGGGGUGCGUCAGGGUAGCUCAACAUCUUGUCUGCUCUUUGUCCUGUACGUUAAUGACCUGAUUAAGAUUAUCAAAGAAAAUAGUAAUCCUGAUGGUUUCUUGUCUUGGCUACAUAUUUUAGUCCUAAUGGAUGAUACGGUGCUCCUUGCAACAACCAAAGAUAAUUUAAUCAAUAAAGUAACAUUGCUAAAACAGUACUGCGAUAGCUAUGGCAUGAAGAUCAAUGCAACAAAAACAAAAUUCUUUGUUAUAUGUGGUACAGAACACGACAGAGAGACAGUAAGAGUACAUGACCUGGUGGUGGAGUCGUGCGCACAGUACACCUAUCUUGGCUCACCAUUUACAGCUGACGGUUCCGUGUCAGCGGCAGUCGCGGCUCACAUGCAGGCAAAGAUGGCACACUUUAACACAUUUGUUUUAUUCUUAAAGAAGAAUUGUGACUGGCCCUUUAUCGUAAAGAAGAGAAUAUUUGAUGCUGCUCUCAUGUCAGCCGUGCUGUAUGGGUGUGAGUCGUGGCUGAACGCUGACUUAAAACCAGCCACAAAAAAUCUACAACUGGGCAUUAAAACAGCUACUUGGAGUUAG